AUGUUUAUUGAAGCAACAGCGAACUACCAUAAACACGACACAACGGCGAAGAAAAACAACCUAUCCAGAGCCGAACAAGACGCAUUGGACAAAUUGAAAAACGAUGACACAAUUAUCAUUAAGGAGGCUGAUAAAGGCGGAGCGACCGUGGUCAUGGACAAAACAUUUUAUCGUGCUAAAAUACAAGAAAUGCUGGCCGACAACGAACACUACGCAGAACUGACAGACACGAACUAUGAUGAUAAAAUCAUCAAAAAAAUUGGAACACACUUGAAAAAAUUCGACAAGGAAACAACAAGGAAAGAGAAAGAUUACUUGCAGAAUUUCGCCUGGAAAACCUCCAACUUCUAUGGACUACCAAAAAUCCACAAAUCACAAGCCGUAAAAGAAGCCAUAGAACAACAAAACUCCACGUACAUCAAGAUACAAGCGCCACCAGAUCUGAAACUUCGCCCGAUUGUUGCUGGUCCAUCGUCACCCACACAUCGAUUGAGCAAUUUGAUAGACAUAAUUUUGAAGCCCCUGUGUCAACAUGUACUAAGUUUCAUCCGCGAUGACCUCGAUUUUUUAAGCCACCUCCCAGAAACAGUCAAUGAUAACGCACUCCUUGUAUCAUUUGACGUUGUCAACCUAUAUACGAGUAUUGAACUCGGCCUUACAGCUAUCGAAUACUGGAUUGACAACUUUGGAAAUUCUCUCAACCGAUCGUUUUCUAAAGAAUUCAUCAUGGAAUCGAUUACAAUUGUCCUGAAAGAGAACACUUUCCACUUCGUCAAUAAAUUAUAUCAACAAAUUCAGGGAACAGCGAUGGGGACGAAAAUGGCCCCAACUUAUGCGACCCUCGUACUUGGAUACCUGGAAGAGAAACUGUACUCAGAAUUCGAAACGCGAUUUGGUAGUGAACAAAAGGAGGAAUUUGUACGCGCUUUCCAGAGAUAUUUAGACGAUUGUUUCACAAUCUGGAACAAAUCAGAGGAAGAUCUGAGGAAACUACAUGCUAUGUUAAACAGUCUCCACGAAAGCAUCAAUUUCACGGUAGAAUUUGACAACGCCAAGCUGCCAUUUCUAGAUAUGUUAGUGUACAAGCAAGAUGACAAGUUGAAUACGGACAUCUUCUACAAAGCAACUGACACAAACCAAUAG